AUGAUGCCCUCAACACUUGCCUACACGGCGCGUUACCCCACCCAGUACGCACAUCCCGAUCCCGUCCAAGACAGCUGGACAAGGCAAAUGGCAGCCUCGCAGUUUGUGAGGAGGUUAUCUCGCAGCUCCAACGGCCAGCGAUCCGGGUCCACUUUGCGAGUAACAAAGCCUACCAGUGCCAGCAACAGUCCCAGGUCUUCCAUGACGACCGGCCGAAGGAGAACGUUGGUUAGCGACGGCAAUCUUGCUUGGAGGAAGCAGCAGAUGGCGGGCCAAGUCAUCCUCGCAACGCCAGAUGCAGCAGUCACCGCUGAGCCUGUGAAGCAACGGGCACCAAGGCCAGUCCAGCAUAUUAAGACCGCGCUCAGCUCCGAGGUGGCCACGCCCUAUCAGCAACUGCAGGAAUCUGAGGACGAAGGCGAGAUUCUUGUCGGUAUGGGGCUCUACGACGCUCCGGAGAAGUGCGAGGCCGACCCUGGUCUCAAUAACUACCGCUCCACCCUCUCCUCGCUUCUGGGCGGAGGCGCGCCAAAGCUGAACGAAUCACCCGGCAAAGGUCUCAAACUUGAGGAGACAUGGCAGCCUCCUGAAACCGAUGACGAGGAUGAAGACGACGAAGAUGAAGACGAAGCUCAGGGAGACGACGAGUAA